AUGCAGGGUCGAGUGGAAGUGCUGAAAGGGCCAUUGCACUAUCUACGAGUAGCCGGAAGCCGCAGCGCUUUGAGCUUGUCCAGCAAACAAGCAUGGCAGGGUUACGAAAAUGAGCGACACUACGAGCCCGGUGAGGAGCCGCUGAAAAGGACGUGGCACGGAUUGUCGUACGACUUCAGAAGAUGGGCACGCCGCUUUGACGAGGCACGGAAAGAUGCCUGGCAAAGAAGACACCCCAUUGCCCACAUGAAACGAGCGGUCCAUGACCACGAAUUGUUGCCUUAUCGGGCCGAAAUUGUGGUUAUUGGUGGCGGGCUGACUGGUUCGUCGGUCGCCUAUUGGAUCAAACAAUGGUUUCGGGAUGAGGAUUUCAAAGUUUGCGUCAUAGAGAACAAUGACAAGUUCCCGCAGGGCUCUUCCCUGCUUUCAGUCGGUGGGAUCUCUCCACAACAUUCGCUAGCCGAGAACAUUGAAAUGUCAUUAUUUACCUCCGAAUUUUUGCGACAUGCCGGGGAACAUUUGAGGAUACUUGAUAGUGAGAGACCAGACGUCAAUUUCUACCCUUGCGGUUACCUACAUUUGGCGUGUAGUGAGGAAGACGCGGAGACGAUGCGAAAUAACUGGAAAAUACAGACUGAAAAGGGAGCUCGUAUCGCCCUUUUGACCCGGGCUCAAUUAGAAGAGCGUUUCCCAGCGAUGGUCUUCGACAACGUCGUGCUGGGUAGCAUCGCGCUGGAAAACGAGGGUGUUUUCGACACAUGGCAGCUGCUGAGCGCGCUUCGGGAAAAGAACAUAAGCCUUGGAGUGCAAUAUAUUAAAGGAGAGGUGGAAGGGUUCGAUUUUGCGCCGACACACAUGCUGCCGGAAGUUCAUGCGUUGGAAGAGGGAACUGCGGCUGAUGAGCUGGCGAAGCAAACGCGGCGGAUUAUGGGAUUGAUGGUGCGUCCCCAAAUGACCGAUGCUUCUGCUCGACCAAUUCGAUGCUAUAUGAUGGUCAAUUGUGCGGGGCCCUGGUCCGGCUCAAUUACAAAGCUUCUCGGGGCGGGAGAUGGACCCGGCAUUCUCUCCGUAGCCUAUCCACUAGAGGCAAGAAAGCGUACAAUGUUCGCCAUCCAUGCAGAAAGCGCACCGCCCGACCUUCCAAUGAUGGUGCUUCCUUCCGGUGUUUGGAUGAGGCAAGAUAGACCUGGGCACCAAUUCCUUGUCGGCAAGCAUAUGACGGCCGAAGAGGAUGCAAUGCUUGACCAUUCAAAUCUCGAAGACAUCGACUAUUCGCUUUUCUACGACACAAUUUGGCCCGAACUGGUCAAGGUCGUUCCAGUAUUGGCUGAUGCCAAGGUGAAGUCGGCGUGGGCACGGUACGAAUCGGUGAACACUUUCGAUGGAACGCCAAUCAUCGGCGAGCACCCACAGCAUAAGAACGUAUAUACGAUCGGGGGCUUGGGCCAUCGUGACGCGCAGCAUGCACUCGCUGUCGGACGGGCUUUUGCCGAGAGAAUGUUCGAAGGCGCCUACGUGAACAUCAACCUCCGCGGCCUCGAUUUACGCCGGAUAGUGAAGAAAGAACCUGUGCUUGAGAAUAUGUGGCCC